AUGGCUCUCUUGGAUAACUAUAUGACUCAGAUUUCUUCGGAUAGUUGGUCACUUCCAGGAUUUCUCGAGUAUCGCAAAGGACAAGGUGACUUCUCAGGGAUGAAAGAUAAGGAACAUUAUAGAUAUAAAAUGAGUUUGAUAGCCGUGCAGUCGUGCGAUAACUUCACCACAGUUGAAAAGGAAAACGCACAGCGUUGCCUCAGAAAAUUUAAGAAUGAAAGGAAACGACCAGCCGAAGAAACUUUCAUUAUUAGACCUCCACCUAACCUUCGUAAUCGCCUUUCCCAUAACAAUGAGAAUAUUUCUCUCGAUGAUUAUGAUGAAUAUCCAAUUUAUGUUGACGAUACAUUAAAUAAAGCCUCUCCAGAUAAGACAAAUGUUGCUAAGGACAUUUGCACUGAUCGUGUUUCCUUUGUGAAUAUGCAACAAAUGUCUAUAAACUCCGAUGAUGUAAGCGAAAAAAUUGUGACUGUAGAUGUCGAGCAAUUCGCCGAAGAAAUUACUACAGAAAAAGUGGAAAAGCGGUUGGAAUGCGGUUAUAAUAUUUCUAGAGAUUUUCGAGAAUUUCAAAUGAAAACAAUUGAACAAUUAAAAAACAAACCAACACUUUCCUACGCGACUGAUGUUGAUGAGAUUUUGUGUCUUUCUUCAAUUAUAUAUAUAAAAGAGGAUAAGCCUAAAUUUAUGUUACCUAAAUCUUUAACCUCAGCAUCUUUACCAAAAAUUGUACAAUUAAUUAUCAAGGAAUAUAGUACGCUUUUAAUGAAUAAAAAUGAGUUGAAUAUCAAAUGGCAUCAAAAUUGGUCCAAAUGGGAUCCAUCGAUGACAAAAGAAGAAAAGAGUAGCACCAAAAAUGAUAUGGAUGAAAACACUUUUGUUCACAGAUAUUGCCACUUAAUGUUCGAGGAAGUGUUUGAAAUGAACCAUCUUAAAUUUUUAUGGGUUAAUGGCGAGUCUAUUAGUUCGAAGGAACGACGAAAAUCUAAUGAUAACAAACAUGGGAGGAAACCAGAUUUCCGGGUUGAAGUUACAUCUAGGGAAAUAAAACCUCCGAGCGCUUCCAAUAAUGUAGUAAAUCAAGCAUUGAUAAAACUUGCAGAAUUUAUGAAGGAAUCAUUGGAUUAUUUUCAUAAACGAUAUGGUUAUUCUCCAACUUCGGAAACGUUUGGGAUUAUUAUUGAUGGGAGUUGUAUUAGAUUGUUUAGUAUGGAUAUAGCUUUUGAUGGGUUAUAUCGUAUUAAGCAAAUUGGAAUAGUGUUAUUGCCUACAGAAGUUGCUAAUUUUUCGACCAUCGCUCCAGUUAUGGCAAGUCUAUAUAGUUUACUGAAAAGUAUCGAUCAUUCCAUUGAUGAAUUAAAUAAACCGUUUACUCCCACCGGUCAGUCAUACCAUAGAGAAUCGAACUCAUCCCCUCAAAAAGUUCAAAUUCCAAUUUUAAACAUUACCUGA